AUGGGCACCCACCGCACCAUUGAAGCUUAUGCAAAAUCCACAUUCGAAUAUUCGCGAAUGUGUGUAUUCGAAACCGCGAAUGCGAUCCAGCACAAGUAUUUUAUCAACCAACCUGAAGGCAGUUCCAUGCUUAAAUGAGGAAAAAGAACAGGAACACACCUUGAGUUUUCGCCUGGCGUUGAACUUCUUCAGGCAAUCCACUGUAUCUUGACGGUGCAUAACAGACGCGACACGUUCACGAUUACAAAUCCAUGGCACUUUCAAUGCUUGAUCGGCGGUGAUUCGCUUCUUUGGAUUUACAGUCAGCAUGCUGUCAAUUAAGCUCUUCGCCUCAGGCGUUACUGUAUCCCAUUCCGGACUUGGGUAAUCAUAAGCGCCAGCCUUGAUUUGGGCGUAGAGACGAUGUUGAUCCUCAUCCCAGAAUGGUGGGUAACCGACCAAAAGGAUAUAAAGGAUGACUCCUAA